GACUGAGUCAAUGUCUGUCAGGAUUAUAGUUGAUCCAGCAUGCAGAAUAGUAUCACACCUAGGACUAAGGAUAACGUCUAACUGGACUGAACGUACCUGAGAAUAGUCAAAAUACUUGCUGAGGAAGGCUGAACUUGAUGGACGCAAGUCUCUUUUCAGCUAUGUAACUAUGAGGUCAGGCACACAGAAUGAGACAUCGAUGAGGAAAGCCAGAAAUCAAGGAUACCAGAAAUCAGGGAAGUCAAAACGAAGUCUAAGUCAAAUACCAGAAAAACACAAAAACCUAAGGCCAGUCCUCUAAUGGUGCUCUAAGGAUAUAGUCCUCCAGCAGAUCUGGAAGAUCCUUGGCCGCUGUCUUAUCUAAUAGAGAAAGCAGUCACCAAGCCGCUGUUUGUCCAGUCUACCUCUGUCACUAGUGUGCGGAAUUCUAUGGCAUAGUCCGCAACGGAUCUAUUGCCCUGUUUUAUCCGCAUUAGCGCCUUGGCUGCCUUUUUUCCUUUCCCAAGGGGUUCAAAAGAUCUCUUAAACUCUGUUAUAAACUCUAUGUAGUUGUAGGCUAUAGACUUCCCCACUCUCCCAUGGGGGAUUAGCCCAGGCUAGAGCUUUACCGGAUAGCUGAUUCAUCAAAUAUCCGAUUUUAGCCCUGUCAGAUGGGAAAGAAUCAGGAGAUGCCUCAAAGUGGUAAUCUAUCUGGUUAAUAAAACCUGGAAAUCACCACUGAACUAGGCAGAGGGGGUAAGCUUAUAGUUGGAGCUCUCUGACCACUGGAUACUGCCACAGCGGCAUGCUGUGAAGCACUAGUCAAUAAAGUCUGGAAGGCCUGGGCAAAUUGAUCCAUACGGCGAUCAUGUUGUCUUGGCCACCCCCAAGUGUCCUGCCAAAGGGGUUUCAUGGGCUAAUCUCAGCAGCUCACCCCUGAACUGCCUAGGAACCACUAGCCAUCUUUCUCCCUCCCUGGUCCCGUGCAUGUUGACAGGAAGGGACUCCCAGUACAAGAUAUUAUCAUCCCAAUAUACACAGUGCCUAUCUGUGUCAGCGCCUGGCUGCUAAGCGUGGUGUCUCAGCCCUUGCAGGGAGGGGUCACAGCUCAGAGCUUCCAGGAAAUUCUUAUUGCCCUCCAACCCACUAUGCUGCACACUGAGUUACAGCUCCCUCUAGCGGAGCCUCAAGAGAUCCUUACAUAUAUUUACUGCUUAUAUAUAAUUGUUGUGGGACAUUCCGAUGUUAAAGUUCUCCAAGUAGUUGGUAAAAAGAAUAUCUCUCCCUGGAUAGUCCAACAUCCUCAAUAUAUACCUUACAACUAGUUGGUUCUUAGUGGGCAGACCAUUGGGUAGAUCAGAGGGGUUUGGCCUGGCAGUUUAUUGCCACUCCAUAUAUUUUCUUAAAUGAUGUCUUUUGAAGAACCCAAAGUCAGAGCAUAUGCACCAAUACCUUUUACAAUGCCCUAUGUCCAGCUCUGGUGAUGGUUAUCUUAGUAGUUUUACAGCUUAGGCCUGGUGUAAGAUAAAAGCCAACAAUAAAGGUUAUCCAAACAUGUACAAAAAAAAACAACUCAUUACAUAUAUCAAAUGCCAUCUCAUGCUUUGGCAUGACAGGGAGCUUUUGAUCUCUCUGCUAGCUGGAGGAGGGCCUACUCAGAGCCAGAGCCUCCCUGGUCAUCUACUGGGUUCACAGAGCUCUACCACCGGCUCAAUGAAUAUAGAUCAGAUGGCUUUAGAAUCUGUCUAGAGACAAAUACAUUCUAUACCGGAUACACUGCCACGCACAGAUUCUAGUCACUGUACACUGCCACACCCAACACCCAUGCUCUAGAAACCUUACACGGCCACACCAAGACACGCGCUGCCUAUAGAAACCGUACACUGUCACACCCAGACAGGCGCAGCCUCUAGAAACCGUACACUGCCACACCCAGACAAGCGCUGUGAUGGGACACCCAAUCAGAAUCUUGCUAACAGCCUUCCCUAGGCGCUGAGGUAUAGUGGGCAUGACCAGGGAAUGUUAUUCAGCCUGCUGGAACUCUGUGCCGGAUCGGGGGCUAGCCACUUCCCGGGGAAGUUUGGACUUCCACCUAAUUUGGCCUAGCAAUAUCCGAUCCGGGUGCUUUUUGGACACAUUGGGUGCCCCAGGAAGACCUUUCUGGGGAUGUAUGGCAUGUGGGGGUUCCUAAAUGUUUUAUAUUUUUAUGCUUAGUCAUGCUGACACAAGAAAUUCAGUUUAUAUUUUUAUACUUUGACAUGCUGACACAAGACAUUCAUGGGCAUAUGUUGUGGGAGUGUUCUGGGCAUGGUUGACUGUACCCUUGCUGUGUAUAUAAGUGGGCCAUCUGGCCAUAAUAAAACCAGUCUUCAUCACCCUUCACUAAGUUUCGACUAGUGUUUGGGUGAUACCGCGGUAACCUGUGCAAGCUUUAAUCACUCUGGAGCAGAUCACAACUGGAAGGGGCGCCCUAGGCAGUAAUGACCCAUCUUCAGGCGGGUAUACCGCUACCAGUGCAGCCUCUAGAAAUCUUACACUGUCACACCCAGCCUCUAGAAACCGCACACUGUCACACCCAUACACGCGCAGCCCUAGAAAUCGUACACUUCCUCACACAUUGUACAGGGUACUGUAAGGAUGUGUGUCAGUGGUUACCUGGUGAAAUCUGGCUCUCUGUGAGUGGUGUAAUCUGAGGGUGUCUGUCUCUCUUGCCGUUCUCUGUUGUAAUCUAUUAUCUUAAUCUCUAUAACAUAGGUCUUCGAGGACUCAUGCUAGCUGUGAUGUUGGCAGCUCUCAUGAGCAGUCUUGCCUCAAUAUUUAACAGUAGCAGCACUCUCUUCACAAUGGAUGUCUGGAGAAGGCUGAGACCUCAGGCUGAGGAGAAAGAAUUGCUGCUGGUUGGGAGGUGAGAGGCCACCAGAAUACUCCUCAAACUAGCCACUAAUACACCCACACAACCUCAUUCUAUCAGUGCCACGCUCACCCAGUAUGUAUACCAAUACUAAAUUACCAUAUAAUACCCACACAACCUCAUUUUAUCAGUGCCACGCUCACUCAGUAUGUACCCCCAUACUAUAUUCCCAUAUAAUACCCAUAGAACCAGGUUCAGUCCCACACUCACCCAGUAUGCGCCAAUAUACUACUUUCCACGUAAUACCAACCACUAAUUCCCUACACAUGAUUAUUGGAAUAUUUACUAUGGAUAACUCUUUUAACCCUGUGUUCCCAUCCCAUAUCCUACCUUAUCUAACUUGUGCCCCCACCUAUCUCCCUGGUUACACCCUCCCUUUAUUCUUCACCUCAUCUAUUUUAUUAAUUCAUUUGAGAUUGAUUGUCCACAAUUCCCACAUUUUCUGUCCACCCCUGUUGUGUCUGUACAAACAAGGGGAAUGGAGGUAGUGCCCAAAUAGUAAAAAAAAAAAUCACUAGUAUAUAUAAGAACAAAUAUGAGACCAAAAGUAGAACAACAAUAAAAUGUCCAAUAUAAAACUUGCCAGAAGAUAUAGCCUCAGUUUUUUUCGUAUUUAUUCUAGUGGUUUUGACAAAUUUGGCACUACCUCGAUUCCCCUUGUUUGUACAAUUCUAAUAGUUUGUAAGGCUUAGAGGGAGCUCUACUAUCUGAUGUUUGCUGCCUAUUUCUUUCAAUAUUUUUCUUUUUUUGUUUAGUAAAUUAGCGCUGAUCCGUUUUUCUAUAUUUUACCAACCAGUUGGGUAUGUACCUCCCUAACUUCUUGCUCAUCAAGCUUUUAUUGUAGCACAACCAAUCUGUACCUUUGUACCAUUCAGGUGGGCUACAAUAUGGGGCAUUGUAAAGCUGGAAGAGCAACACUGUUGCACCAAAUCCUGGAUAUCACUUGAGGCAAAGUGCCACAACCACUUAGUAUACUACUCCCCAUGCAUCGGUUGGGGGCAAUAAGGGGCAGUAAUUGCCCAGAGCACCUGCCUUGCAAAGACUUCUCAUUGAGCUGCAUUGGGAAGUCUGUGAUUGGGCAGCCACAAAGUCUGGGAAAGCCAAAAUUUUAUACAACCCUCAAUAAAAUAAGCAAAACAAAUUAAGGGGUGACACCUACUAAACUGUUUAUCUUAAUGGCAUGUUGCUCUAAAUUGUCUAUUUCUGUGACAGGCUGUGGACAGUCUGUCUUGUGUCUUUCAGCAUUGCGUGGAUCCCUGUCGUUCAGGCUGCACAAGGUGGGCAGCUCUUUGAUUACAUUCAGUCAGUGGCAAGUUUUCUGGCUCCACCCAUUGCAGCAGUCUUUUUUCUAGCGUUGUUUGUAAAAAGAGUAAAUGAACCGGUAAGUUUCCAGUUUCUUCAUAUUUAGAUUCUGAAAGCAUGUCUUGGCACUUAAGUAACAAAAUGUUACCCAAGUACAAUGUGCGCUAAAAAGCUGCCUCCAACCUAUCCUCAACUGCAGUUUCCCCCAACUGACCUUCUGUCCCAAUUUUUCCCCAACACGGACCUUCUGCUCCUAUCCUCCACCACCAUCCUUUCCCAACACUGACCUUCUGCUCCUAACCUCCACCACCAUCCUUUCCCAACACAGACCUUCUGCUCCUAUCCUCCACCACCAUCCUUUCCCAACACUGACCUUCUGCUCCUAUCCUCCACCACCAUCCUUUCCCAACACUGACCUUCUGCUCCUAUCCUCCACCACCAUCCUUUCCCAACACUGACCUUCUGCUCCUAUCCUCCACCGCCAUCCUUUCCCAACACUGACCUUCUGCUCCUAUCCUCCACCGUCAUCCUUUCCCAACACUGACCUUCUGCUCCUAUCCUCCACCGCCAUCCUUUCCCAACACUGACCUUCUGCUCCUAUCCUCCACCACCAUCCUUUCCCAACACUGACCUUCUGCUCCUAUCCUCCACCACCAUAGUAUCCCACUGACUUUUUCUCUGCCCCCCCAACCUCAGCUACCAGUGUUAAUUUUAGUCGACUAAAUUUUAGUUGACUAAAACAAUUCAGAUAACUAAAUCUGACUAAAACGGCUUUUUAGUCAAAAGACUAUGACUAAAACUAAAUUGAAAUUUGCCACCAAAAUUAAUACAGCUCCAAUCGUCAGCCCAAUACAGAUCAUGUGCUUACAUUCUUCACCACGAUCUCAUCCCAACACUAAACCUUCUCCUUUUAUCUUCCACUCCCACCCACGACAGACACACUAUGCACAGUAAACGACACAGACUAUCCACAGUUACUAGCGCACACCAACACUGAACUUUUACUAAAACUACUCUCUUUCCCCUGCCAGCCAUUCAUUGCAGAUAAAGACAUUACAUUUGAGAGUUCUGUAUUUAUUAAUUUGGAUAAGUGGACAUAUUGAAAAAAAAAAAGUCAGUUCAAGCCUGGAGAGCUGCUUUCAGUAAAGUAUAUAAAGGACAAUGUGCUAAUUAUGGUGCUGAAAACCUUAUUUUACCCAUUCCAUUGAAAUGCAUGCUGUGUGUUUUCUUCUCUGCAGGGUGCAUUUUGGGGGCUGGUUGGAGGGCUUCUACUGGGUUUGUGCCGAAUGGUGCCAGAAUUUGCCUUUGGUUCUGGAAGCUGCUCUUCUCCUAGCUCCUGUCCUACCAUCAUUUGUGGGGUUCAUUAUCUCUACUUUGCAAUCAUCCUCUUUCUGUGCUCGGCGGCUAUAAUAUUGGGAGUAUCAUACUGCACUCCCCCAAUUCCUGAUGCCCAGGUAAGAAAUCCAUUUGUUUAAUUAUGCGCUUUCCAAGAAGGAAUAUUGGGGAGAACCCAACAUACUUCCCUCCUUUCAUGUCUUUUUCAGCUUUAUCGUUUGGUGUUCAGUCUACGGCACAGUCAGGCACUAAGAGAAGAAAUUGGGGAUCCAGGUAGGUAGUGUGUGUAUUUCAUAUGACUUAGAGAAUGGCGAUUUGCUAGUUCAUUACUUGUGAUUACAAUAGCAAGACAUUCAAGCUAUAUGAAUUUGUUUUAUGCUUCAUGGACCUAUAACAUGAAUGAUUACUGCUUCCAGGCAUCAUCGAGUCACAUCCACAAGAAAAAGGCUCCGUUUUGCCUGACAUUCAAGAGUCUCCACCGUACGCCCGACUUGUGAACAUCAACGCCUUGAUCAUGAUGAGCUGCGCUAUCUUCCUUUGGGCAUAUUAUGCUUGACUCUGCAGAAGCAGGGUGGGUUGGUCUAUAGAGGGCAGUGGAACAUUCCUAUAUGUAUAUUUUAUUAAAUAAAGUCUAUGCCAUAGUCCUACUUAGUGCACUUUACUUCAGGAAUCAGGCUUCACUAACACCCUGGACUCAGGCAAUCAAUCUUCCAAAGGAUAACCAAUGCUUUUCAGACUUGGAGGCGGUAUUCCCAAUCUACGCAGGGUGCUCAUGAAAUAUUUUGGGGGUGGACACUGCAACACAAUUGGGUCCUCUUCUGCUGCUUGUGCUGGUAGGCUUAUUUGUGCAGCGUGCAGAUGUAAGAGGAGGGAACGUGCUUGAGGGAGAGAGAGACGCAGAGCUUGGAGGAUUGCCUUAGGAGGUUUCUGUG